UGAGCCUCCUUGGAAUGUGAAGUUGGAGAGAGAGAGAGAGAGAGAGAGGAGAAUGGUGGUGGUGGUGGUGGUGAGCCUCUGUUUUCAGCUAUUUCUUCUGGUAAACUUGGCGGCGCCACCACUAAUCUUGUCCAUCUCUGUUACCACCAGCAACUUCAGCAGACAUGACUUCCCAUUACCACCUCACUUCGUCUUCGGUUCUGGCACCUCUGCUUAUCAGGUUGAGGGUGCUGCAUUCGAAGAUGGAAGAGCUUCUAGCAUUUGGGACACCUUCGCACACGCCGAUAAAACUCAAAUUUCAGCGAAUGACAGUGCAACCGGAGACAUAGCAUGCGACAGUUACCACAAAUACAAGGAAGACAUCCAACUGAUGGUGGAAACAGGCCUGGAGGCCUAUAGAUUCUCCAUCUCAUGGCCAAGGCUUAUCCCUAAUGGAAGAGGAGCUGUAAAUCCAAAGGGAUUGAAAUAUUACAACAAUCUCAUCAAUGAACUUAUCAGACAUGGAAUCCAACCACAUGCUACAUUAGUGCACUAUGAUCUGCCGCAGGCUCUUGAAGAUGAAUAUGGAGGAUGUCUUAGUCCAAAAUUUGUGAAAGAUUUCAUGGCAUAUGCUGAGGUGUGCUUUAGAGAAUUUGGCGAUAGGGUUUUGUAUUGGACUACCUUUAAUGAGGUCAACGUGUUUGUUUUGGGUGGUUACGAUGUAGGCAUUACGCCCCCAAAUCGAUGUUCUUUCCCAUUUGGAAUUAACUGUUCUAAAGGUAACUCAUCCUCUGAGCCAUACAUUGUUGCUCAUAAUAUCUUGCUGGCACACGCAUCGGCUGCAAAUUUGUACAAGAACAAGUACCAGGGCAGGCAACGAGGAUUCAUAGGAAUAAAUGUAUUUGCUUAUUGGUAUAUCCCUAGUACUAAUGCAACAGAAGAUUUGAUUGCAACUCAAAGAGCUAAUGACUUCUAUAUUGGGUGGAUUAUCAAUCCCCUGGUAUUUGGUGACUAUCCAAAGAUAGUGAAGAAGAAUGCAGGAUCAAGAAUUCCAGAAUUCACAAAAGUUGAGUCCAAACUAGUCAAGGGUUCCUUUGACUUCUUAGGAGUCAACCAUUACAAUACUUUAUACAUCAAAGACAAACCUAGCAGCCUCAAAAUAAAUAACAGGGACUUCAAUGCUGACAUGGCAGUCGAUAUAAUACUGUCUAAUGAUACACCACCAGAUGAGUUCCCAAUCACACCCUCUGGUCUGCUUGGAGUUUUGGAGUAUUUCAAACAAUUUUAUGGCAACCCUUCUAUUUACAGCCAUGAAGACGGUCAGCAAACACAACGGAAUUCAACAUUACAUGACAGUGCAAGAGUGAAAUAUUUGCAUGGUUUCAUUGGGAGUUUGCUUGAUGCUGUGAGGAAUGGAUCAAAUGCAAGAGGGUAUUUCACAUGGUCUUUCUUGGAUGUGUAUGAGUUAUUGGGUGGCUAUGGAUCAUGCUUUGGCCUCUACUAUGUAGAUUUGGAUGACAAAGAUUUGAAAAGAUACCCUAAACUCUCUGCACAUUGGUACUCCAAUUUUUUGAAGGGAAGGAGCUCAAUUGAAGUUGAAAACAUCUCAGCUCUUUCUCAUCAAUCUCACUUUUCUCAGUAGGUUCUGCUUUGCAUCACUCUAUGUAUGUUUGUUCUUUACUCAACACAAUGUUGCUAGUGUGUAAUGGACACUUGUGGUAGUGUUCAUUGGAUUCAACUCCUAUGGAGAGGAGUUUGAUAUCCUUAUGAUAGCUUUUAUUUCUUCCUUAUUAUGAGAGUUGUAUGCAGCAAUUGUGGUUAUCAGGCUUGGGCUUGGGCUUGGGCUUGGUGAUUGAUUGUUAAGUUUUGUGAUUGUUGACUUUCUAGUUAUUGUUGGGCUAGUGGUCUAUUUAAUAUAAUAUUUCUUAUAUUUAUAUUUA